AUGGCUGUUAUUUCUCUUUGUAAGUCCAUCAAGAACGCAAGUAAAACCCAUGUCACAUUUGACAACUUUUAUACAGGUAUACCACUUAUUACAUAUCUAAAAGACUAUAUGCACCUUCAUUCUGUUGGCACCAUAAAAAGAAACCGCACAAUGCACUGUCCUUUGACUGAUGGAAAAGAAUUUCUGAAGAAGGAAAGAGGAUCAUAUGAGAGCAGGGUCAGCAAAAAUGCUGUUGUAGUGGUGCAAUGGGCAGACAAACCAGUCUGCCUUGCCAGUAGCUUUGUUGGCGUUGAACCAGUUGGCACCAUAAAGCGCUACUCAAAAGAUGCUCAUGGUAAAAUUGAUGUGCCCUGUCCAAGAGCCGUAUCGGUGUACAACGAAACUAUGGGUGGUGUAGACUUGGCAGACAUGUACAUGGCAUUGUACAAAAUACCUACCAGAGCCAAGAGGUACUACUUUCCAUUUAUUGGCUAUAGUUUGGAAGUAGCACUUACCAACAGUUGGUUGCAGUAUAAGAGGGACUGCAAUCUGCUCCAAGUUCCCAAAAAAGAGGUGAUUCCAAAUUCAAAGAAGUUCCGCCUUGAAGUUAGUGAGGGCUUGCGAGUCCUCCUCCUAAAGAAAAGAGGCCAGCCAUCGUUAGACAGCAGCCUUUCAAAGAAAAUGAUAAAACGGUGUGCCACGACCAAGCAGUGCUAUUAG